CAUUGCACACACACAUGCACACAGAAAUGAAUACACACACCCAAACCGGAAUAUACAGAAAGGAACACACACAAGAUCGACGUCUGCUCCAGUGACCCAGUCACAAGGAUGAGGAAGAGAUAAUUGUGCCGGGUCUCCUGAAUGAGCCCUGAUACAGUCUGUCAGAGCCAACAGGCUUAUCAGGCCUUGGAGAAGCAGACAAUUACUAGGCUAUACAACAAAUGACGAAAUGAAACUCUUUAGUAAGUGGGAAGCGAAACCCAUAGCCACAUGUUGAUUGGGGCCACUCUCACUCAGGAUCUAACUUCUCUUAAACGCCUCACACUGCCAAAGCGUCCGACUCGAGAAGAUGGAGAUGAUUCCCGUGCUGUUCAACGCUCUCGCACUGCUGUCGGUGUUGGGACGAACUGGGGCAAGAACAUCAUCGCCCAAUACAAACCCUUCAGGCCCAGGCCCCUCCACCUCAGACCUGCGUGGUCAGAUGAUAACAGUGUCAUAUUCGUAUAGCAUAGGAUUCACCAUGUACACAGACGCAAUCUUUCCCUCUCCUUCUCCCACCAUCUACCCUUCUCCUUCUACCUCUCCUUCCUCCUCCCCAUCCUCCUCCUCUGCCUACUCUCCCUACCCCUCUCCUCCCUCCUCCUCUCCCUCCCCCACCACCUCUCCUUCCUCCUCCUCUGCCUAUUCCUCUCCCUACACCUCUCCUUCCACCUCUCCUUACUCCUCCUCUCCCUCUUCCACCUCUCCUUCUCCCUCCCCCACCACCUACCCCUCUCCUUCUCCCUCCUCCUCUCCCUCGCCCUCCCCCACCACCUACCCCUCUCCUUCUCCCUCCUCCUCGCCCUCGCCCUCCCCCACCACCUACCCCUCUCCUUCUCCCUCCUCCUCUCCCUCGCCCUCCCCCACCACCUACCCCUCUCCUUCUCCCUCCUCCUCUCGCUCGCCCUCCCCCACCACCUACCCCUCUCCUUCUCCCUCCUCUCCCUCGCCCUCGCCCUCCCCCACCACCUACCCCUCUCCUUCUCCCUCUUCCUCUCCCUCGCCCUCCCCCACCACCUACCCCUCUCCUUCUCCCUCCUCCUCUCCCUCGCCCUCGCCCUCCCCCACCACCUACCCCUCUCCUUCUCCCUCCUCCUCUCCCUCGCCCUCCCCCACCACCUACCCCUCUCCUUCUCCCUCCUCUCCCUCGCCCUCGCCCUCCCCCACCACCUACCCCUCUCCUUCUCCCUCCUCCUCUCCCUCGCCCUCCCCCACCACCUACCCCUCUCCUUCUCCCUCCUCCUCUCCCUCGCCCUCCCCCACCACCUACCCCUCUCCUUCUCCCUCGCCCUCCCCCACCACCUACCCCUCUCAUUCUCCUUCUCCCUCCUCUCCCUACUCUUUUCCUUCCACCUCUCCUUCUCCCUCCUCUCCCUACUUUUCUCCCUCCUCCACCCCCUACCCCUCUCAUUCUCCUUCCACCUCUCCUUCUCCGUCCUCUCCCUACACCACCCCCUCUCCCUCUCUCUCUGCUCUGACUGUGUGUCUGCGUUACAUGGCUGAGGAGGGAAAAGACUUGACUCUCUUCAGCCUCACUCAGGGGAACUACUGGAACCUGUUACUGAAAAGAAACAGUGGGAUGGACUACCUCUCCAUCCAUUCCUCCUCUCAGUCCUUCCGCUCCUAUAGGCUGAUGUGGUCCAUCGCAGGGCCACGCCCCUGGACCAGCCUGUGCGUUACCUGGGAGAAAAACACGGGCGUGGCCCAGGUGUGGAGAGGCGGGACUGUCAGCGUCAGGAAGAGGGUGUUUGGCCAGAUGACCAAUGGGCCUCCUAUCUUGAACGUGUAUAAGUUUGAGGGUCAGGUAACUGACGUGGAAGUGUGGGACAGAGUCCUCUCCCCAAGCUUGAUAAUGUCCUACAUGUCUGGGUGGACGACCUACUGGUCCUACACCCCUGGUAAUGUGCUGACCUGGUCCAAGGCCAUCUACUCCACCAAUGGUGAGGUUCUCCUGGAGAGAAACACCUACAACUCUGACCAUCAGCCUAUCAGAGGCCAGCGCCAGCUCCCAAGACCAAUGAGAAGGAAGAAAAUGAGGAAAUUUGAAUGGAAGAAGAGAGCGAGGGCAGAGCAGAUAACGAGAACACGGCCAUAGGGGAGAGUAGUGAUUGCCACUAACCCUUACUUUAGAUUAGAAGAUGUACAGUAUGUCCCAUCUUCAUGUAUGACCCAGCGAUGCUCCUUACUAGUGAAUUCACUCUGGAUGAAUGUCUGCUCAAAUUCUGAUUCUGUGAUUUCCCAUGUCUGCCCUGAUGGUCCCCAGGGUCAUAUGAAGUCCUACUCUGGCUGAUGAUCAGGUCGUUUGCCCCUUGCGUCUUUCAUGUCUGUCAGCUAAGUAUCUCCGCCAGCCAAGUGUGGACGUGAGCUCACCUAGCUAGCUAUGAUAGUGCUAACCGUUAGAGCUGUAGCAGCACCUCCUCCCUGACGGAAAACACAUCACAACUUUAUGCUCAGCACAUAACCUGCCGGGGAAAUCCGACCCAACAGGGAAAAUGAAAACCAAUGAAUACAGCAGUUCUCAGGCAGGCUAGAAGCACAAUAUUGUUACUGUUGCAUCACAUUGGAUGACCACAAGUAACUUAAGUUACAAAACUGCAGCUUUAAAUGAUUGUUAAAGGACUUUGUUUAUUGUUAAAUCAUUUGAAUGAUUGCAAGAUGAUUUAAAAGAUUGUUCAAAUGAAGCAUGUGGCAAAUUAAAAGUCAUUGGUGAGAAACA